CGGAAGCGCGCUUUUCAAAGUCGUCCCACUGUCUAUGAACCCAGGACACUUCCGGCGUGGCCAUGGCGGCUAACGCUACUACCAACCCGUCGCAGCUGCUGCCGUUAGAGCUUGUGGACAAAUGUAUUGGAUCAAGAAUUCACAUUGUUAUGAAGAGUGAUAAGGAAAUUGUUGGUACUCUUCUAGGAUUUGAUGACUUUGUCAAUAUGGUACUGGAAGAUGUCACUGAGUUUGAAAUUACACCAGAAGGAAGAAGGAUUACUAAAUUAGAUCAGAUUUUGCUAAAUGGAAAUAAUAUAACAAUGCUGGUUCCUGGAGGAGAAGGACCUGAAGUAUGAAUGAGUUUCCUUGGCUUACACUAGAUUCUGUUUUGUCUUAUAAUGACAAGAAAAUGGAAUUUUUUUUGCCUUCUGUUUAAAUCCUAUAAAGCUAAGUUUCCCGUUAAAGGGAAGUGCUUUGAAGAUGUGUACUCAUUUUUGUAAGUUAAUCAUGAUUAUCCUGGAAAAAGAAGAGUUUCUUCUUUGAAGACGAAAAUAAAAGUGUUUUUGGUUAACUGUCA